AUGACCACGGCUGUUGCCGCCCCGCCGAAAGAGGGCACUGGUAACCAAUACUUGGUCACGGAUUUGCCGGGGCUUCACGAGAAUAUAGAUGACGAUUUCAAGCCCUUGAUGUUUGCUGGCCAGCUCGAGUUGUUUCCCGAGAAUAAUACAUACUAUUUCUUUUGGAAAUUCACCGACUCCAAGAAACAGCCAGACUCGAUGUAUGCAAGGCGGACGAUCUUUUGGUUGAACGGUGGGCCCGGCUGCUCGUCGAUGGACGGCGCCUUGCUCGAGACGGGACCUUUCCGCAUCAAUAAAGACCAAAAAGUGAUUAUGAACAACGGCUCGUGGCACAAGGCGGGCGAUGUUGUUUACGUUGAUCAACCUGCUGGCACGGGGUACAGCUACACUGAGCAAGACAAACUACUCCACGACUUGCCUGAAAUGGCCUUUUAUUUUAUGAAGUUUAUGGAAAAGUACUAUGAAGAAUACCCCGAGGAAGCAGAGUAUGAUAUUUAUUUCGCGGGAGAGUCCUAUGCGGGACAAUAUAUUCCAUAUAUUGCUGAUUCCAUCAUCAAGAGAAACGUCCAGUUGAAAGAGGGUCAAAAACGGUACAAUCUAAAAGGGUUGCUUAUUGGGAAUGGAUGGGUAUCUCCAAACGAACAGUGUUUGUCGUAUUUGCCCUUUUUCGUUGACAAAGGACUAAUCACCAAAGAGAACCCGCGUUGGUUGCAGUUGCUUUACAGGCAUGAACAAUGCCAACGGAUUGUGGAUCAAGUAGAUGCGCAUUUUGACAGCGAUGCUGUUAACCCCGUGGAGAUUGACUCUAGCCAAUGCGAGGAUAUAUUGCCUCAGUUGCUCCUGGCGACUUUUGACGGUAACGCGGCCCAUUUUGAAAGAUGCAUCAACAUGUACGAUUACACUUUGAAAGAUUCGUAUCCAUCGUGUGGAAUGAACUGGCCCAUGGAAUUGAAAUAUGUGACACCUUUUUUGCAAAGUGAUGAUAUCAAACACGUUUUGAAUUUGAAGAAAAUGAAAACAUGGCACGAGUGCAGUGGACGCGUGGGCAACAGUUUCGAUGCUCGCCACUCGUUCCCCUCGGUGCACUUGUUUGCCGAUCUAUUGAAACAAGUGCCGAUUAUCUUAUUCAAUGGUGCCAACGAUAUCAUUUGCAACUCUGACGGAGUGCUUCAAUACGUCAAGAAGUUGAAAUGGGGCGGUCAAAAGGGGUUUGAAGAUUACGAAGCGAAAAUCGAUUGGGUUCAUGACGAUCAACAAGUUGGGUAUAUCUUACAGGAGAGAAACUUGACCUUUAUUAAUAUCUACAAUUCAAGCCACAUGGUGCCGUACGAUUUGCCCGAUGUGUCAAGAGCGUUGUUGGACUUGGUUAGUGACAACUAUGACAAGAGACAACAUGAGGGAAAAGCCCAAUUUGUCACUUAUCCCUUGGGGAUCAAGGCCAAGGGUGUCUCGGAAGAAACAGAAGAAACUCCAACCGAGUCUAGUGAGGAACCUGCGCCUGCCUCGAGCUCGUCAGAAACAUCCACAACCGGAACGUCAGCAACAGCAGAAGGAGAAGAAGAAGACUCUUCGGCAAACAAAAUCACCAGGGUUAUACAACUUGGAGUCAUUUUAGUUGUGCUUUGGGGUAUUUAUAUAUUAUAUGCGUCCUGGAGAGCAAGACCCCUGCCGAUUAUGAAGAAAAGCUCUAAUGGCCGAAGAAACAAGAAAAAUGUCCAAUGGGCAGAUCAGUUGAGCAUGUUUGAAGAGGAGGCAGAUGCAUCUCAACCAAAGGGCUUUUUCGCCAAGACCUUGGACAGAUUCAAAGGUAGAGACUCACAGGGUUCAUACGCGCGAGCUGAAAGUGAAGAUUAUACCGAUGAUAUCGAAUUGGGUGAUUCGGUGUCAGAUUCACGGCUCGAUGAUUUCAUUGUUGGAAGCGACGAUGAAGUAGAAGGCGCUGGAGAACGAGAAGGAGAACGAGAAGAGGAACCGGCGGAUGGGGGUGCUAAAACCUCAUCAAAUCCCUAA